GGACUCUCUUCGCAGGCUCUAAUCGUGCAACCUCCCUAACAAUCAAGCGAAAGUCCUCCUCUCAAAUCAUGGGGGAGAAUGAUGCCGAUGAUGCGUAUCCAAAUAAUGAAGACUCUGUACAGCUGUUAGCCAUGCCCACUAUGGACUCUUUGAAGCCGGCCUCUCGUUACACAAAUGAGGAAGUUGAGUGGCAUAGAUUGGCCGAGCUAAGUACUUCAAACAGGCCUGACAUGACUGUCUGCCAGACCCUGUGGACUGUCGACUUCUGGCUGAUAUUUAUUGUAAUGGCAACCGGAGCUUCAACUGCAAUUGCAGCUAUAAAUAACCUUUCUCAGAUAGGCAGAGCACUUCACGUGAAUGAUGUCAAAUUCUUUGUUGGGCUUGUCAGUAUCUGGAGCUGUUUUGGCCGCUUGACGGGAGGGUUUUUACCUGACAUUUUAUUAAAGAAAGGUGUGCCUCGGCCAGUUAGUCUCUGCUUUUCAACUGGCAUGAUAUCAAUCACUCACCUAGUUCUCAAGAGUGGCGCAAUUCGACUGGGUUCGGUCAUGAUCGGCUUCUGUUACGGGUCAUAUUGGAGCAUCACCCCUCCCAUUACAUCUGAGAUAUUUGGUCUCACUCACUUUGCAGCAACAUACAAAACUGUCACGUAAGCAGUCUUUCGCUCGCCUUCCCUCUCCUCCACCCAGUUGGCCCAACCUCAAACACAUGCAAGAGCCCAAGAAAGGCCUUUCUA